GAUUCACAAAUUAGAAAGACGAUAAAGAAAGAGGAUAAUGAGGCCAAUGCCAAUGGAUUUGUUCGGAGAGAUGGAUGAGCAGGUCUCCGCCAUGGCCAUGGAUGUUGACGACGUCGACCCUCUCGAGAUCUUCCCGGAGGGCGUCAUCUCCGCCGACAACAAGCUCGCCGACGCCGAUUUCUUCAACAACUUCGAAGACGAUUUCGACGAUGCUGAUAUCAACUAAUCCUACCUCCAUCAUCGCCAUGGUUAUGGUUAUGAUCUUAUUCGCUCUUCUGAUUAGGGCUUAGGGUUCGUUAUUUUGUGGUUUUUCUUUUCCCAUGAAAACCGUUGUACUUUAGUUCGCCGAUUUAUAUGUUAAUUAAUAAUAUAAUAUCCUUUCCUCUUCUUGCGA